CUCCGGGACAUGCCCGCCUCCAGGAGUCCGGGAGCUCCUCCCAGCACUACACUUGAACUCCAGGGGCUGGACCACGCCUUCGACUCCAAGCACAUCGCGUCUGCUGUCAUUUUAGUCUCAGUCCCAGUGCGAAGCUGACCUCUGGUGCGAGGAUGGCGCUGUGGCUGGUGAACCUCGGGCGGAACGUGUUGCUCUGGGGCGCGAUAAGUGCUGUCUCCCUGGUGGGCGCCACCCUAAUCGUGAACCUCCUGAAGAUGGUGGCGAGCUACGCGCAGAAAUGGCAUCACAUGAGGUCAAUCCCGAGCAUACCGGGCUUCCUCCCCUUUUUGGGACACUCGCUGAUCAUAAAGCCGGACUCGAGAGAAUUUUUUCAGCAGAUGAUUUCUUACACUGAAGGAAACCGAGACGUGUCACUAUUGAAACUCUGGCUUGGACCAAUGCCAGUAGUGGCCAUGUAUAAUGCAGAAGUUGUGGAGGUGAUUUUAACUAAUUCAAAGGAAAUUGACAAAUCCUUUAUGUAUAAGUUCCUAGAACCAUGGCUUGGCUUAGGACUUCUUACAAGUACUGGAAAUAAAUGGCGCUCCCGGAGGAAAAUGUUAACACCCACUUUCCAUUUUACAAUUCUGGAAGAUUUCUUAGAUGUCAUGAAUGAACAAUCGAAUAUAUUGGUUAAUAAGUUAGCAAAACAUGUUAACCAAGAAGCAUUUAACUGCUUUUUUUACAUCACUCUUUGUGCCUUAGAUAUAAUCUGUGAAACAGCUAUGGGCAAGAAUAUUGGUGCUCAGAGUAAUAAUGAUUCUGAGUAUGUCCGUGCAGUUUAUAGGAUGAGUGAUGUGAUAUAUCGAAGAAUGAGGGUGCCUUGGCUCUGGCUUGACUUUUCAUUCCUUCUGUUUAAGGAAGGAUGGGAACACAAAAGGUGCCUAAAGAUUGUACAUGCUUUUACCAACAAUGUCAUCGCUGAACGGGCCAAUGAAAUGAAGAGGGAUAAAGAAUGUAAAGGUGAUGACAAGGGCACUACCUUCUCCAAAAACAAACGCCAGGCUUUUCUUGACAUGCUUUUGAAUGUGACUGAUGAUGAAGGGAACAAGCUAAGUCAUGAAGAUAUUCGAGAAGAAGUGGACACUUUCAUGUUUGAGGGCCAUGAUACAACUGCAGCUGCAAUCAACUGGGCCUUAUAUUUAUUGGGUUCUUAUCCAGAAGUCCAGAAAACAUUGGACAAUGAACUGGAUGAAGUGUUCGGGAAGUCUGAUCGUCCUGCUACCUUAGAAGACCUGAAGAAACUUAAAUAUCUGGAAUGCAUUAUUAAGGAGACCCUUCGUAUUUUUCCUUCUGUUCCUAUGAUCGCCCGUAGCAUUAAUCAAAAUUGCAAUGUUGGGGGCUACAACAUCGCGAAAGGCUCUCAAGCACUCAUUAUUUUCUAUGCACUGCAUAGAGACCCAAAAUACUUCCCAGAUCCUGAAGAAUUUAAGCCAGAGCGAUUCUUUCCCGAGAAUUCGAAAGGACGCCACCCAUACGCAUAUGUGCCCUUCUCUGCUGGACCCAGAAACUGUAUAGGUCAAAGAUUUGCCAUGAUGGAAGAAAAGACCAUUCUUUCCUGCAUCCUGAGGCAUUUUUGGGUAGAAUCCACCCAGAAAAGAGAAGAACUUGGUCUGUCAGGAGAGCUGAUUCUUCGUCCAAUUAAUGGCAUCUGGAUCAAGUUGAAGAGGAGAAACACAGAUGAAUCCUAAGUGUGUUAUUGGGCUGUGCCCUUCUCACAAAUAAGGCCUUUCUGUAAGGGAAGCUUUGCAUUUACAAUUUACAGGUCGUAAAUUCAAUAUUCUUAAUCCCUAGACCUAAUUUUUUCUUGUCCUCACUUACCUUAGGGUCAAGUGUAACAAAGAAAAAGUUUUUAUAUUUUCAUCACCACCAUAGUUCUUACCCCUGGUUUUAAUCCCAAAAGUAGAGUUGACUGAUAUUGGUACCCAAAUAAGAAUAUAGCAAGUUUCUCAACAGAGGGAAAUUUCAACUGAUAGACCCAAAGGAUAUAAUUUAGUUGAGGUCCCAGAAUUUUUUAAGGUAUUCUCGUUGACUCAGGAACAUAAAUAUGCAUGUAUACAUAUACAUUUAGUUUGAAAAGGGUAAGUAAUUAAGCACUUAGACUUAAGGAGCUUAAGUUUUUAAAAUUGUAUCAAUGGCAUCAGUUAUGAGAAGAAUUAUGAUGAUACUUUUCAGAUUUUAUCAAUUAGAAUAGAUGAUUUAUAAAUUGACUCAUAGGUUCUGUUCUCGUUUGACUAUGUACUUAUAGGCUUCAUUUUAUUCUAUAUAAUAUCAUGAUUACUUUUGUAUAUCACAUAUUAUUGGGAGAGAUUCCUCCUGGUACUCUCCAAUCCCUCACAGUGCCUCAUAAGGUUGAUUAAUGGCUUUUGGAAGGACCUUAGAGUUCAUCUCGUUAUAGUCCUUUUCAUUAGAAGUAAGGGAGUAAGAUCAAUGAGAAGGUAAGUUUCUGUCCAAAGUCGUGCCACUGGUGGGUGACAGGGCUGGAAAUAGGUAGAGGCCUAUACUUCAAACCUCUCCACUUCCAAUAUGAUACACAAUAUUCUAUUGUUUUAUGAACCUCAGCUCUAUAACUAGGUGUCUUAUUAGAACACAGAUCUUCUGCCUCUGAUUUUGGCAUAUUUUUUCUAAAUUCUUCCAUCAUUAAGGAAAAUAGAAGCCGUUCAUCUAUAUUUAGUAACUCAGUAAUGUCUCACUUAGUUUAGGAUUAAGCUUCCAGGAAAUUCAAUCCUCUAGAACAUACCUAUCAAGCUGAUAACUGACACACAUCCCCUGAAUUUUACUUCUAUCGAUAUCUCUAUUCCCUCAUUGAGUGACUUUAAAAACUUUUUUUAAAUAAGUAAUUUAAAUAACAUUGUUUCUUCAGUUUUCUAAAGGCAAUAGCAGAGAGAAGCAACAAAGAAGGAGGAUGUAAUAUGUAUUCUUCAUUGGAUAUCAAAGGAAGAGGUUACAAAACCAAAGCCAUAUUACAGUCUGGGACAUUUAGGUCAGUGUCAACAGCUCUACCCACUUUAUUAUCUCAAAGAGCCCCAGAGCAGACAAGUCAGUCCCUAAGUGGAUGAGAAACAUUCAAGAAAGUAUAUUAUAUAGUAAAAAAUGAUUUCCAUCACAUGGCAAAUUCCAUUAUCUAGAAGUGGAUAUAUGUAGAAAAUCUGUU